AGAUAACCAAGCUCUUGGCUUGCUCAUACUAUAAAAGGGUUAAAUGAACACGCACGCACACACCACCUCACAGGCACAGGCACUCUUUUGCAUUUCUGUCAAAGACCCACUCUCCAAGCCGCACCAGUGGGGCAUGGUGAGCUUUCACAGACUAGCUACAUGCCAGACACCUUUCACAAGGGAAGCACUCUUGGAAUUGCAACCAAAUUGUCACAGUGGGACCAUCUGUUUCUGAAGACAUCCCAAUGGCCCAGGUUUGAAGAAAAACAAGAGAACUUUCUCACUUUCUUUGCCUGUAAGACUGAAGGCAUUUUACAUAAUCAUUCUGCCUGGAACAUAUGGAAAAAUCAAUUCUGUGCUGUUAAACACGUUUCCCGACUGUGUUUUCCACCUGCCAGCAAAGUAUUCCAAAAGUCGAAGUUGGAGUGCUUCAUUUGGAUUUCUGCUCUGAAGGAAAGUUGCUCAGAUAACAUCUAUCUUAAGGCUCCUAGCACAGAUGAUGUCAAGACUCCAGUCCUGCCUUCUCUCCUGGCUCCUCUUGGCCACAUGCUUCUGCCAUUCAGUGGAGAUGGCCACUAAUUUACAGCAAAGCUUCAAGAGUGAUCUCCUCCACUUUUAUCACACGUUAAUUCUUCCAGAUGGAAAGGAAACCACAGUCCAUCUCAUGAAGGAUGUACUGAAAAGGUAUUAUUUUGUUUUAGAAGAAGGCAGAAGCUCAGCACCACUCACAGUGACAGUGACCCCAUGCGACGUCCCCAUCGAGUGGAGUAUACGGGUCCAUAAGUCUUCGACAAACUACCUUGGAAAAGCAGUUCAAGAUAAGUUGGAUGUUGAAGAAUCUCCAAAGUUUCAGAAGACUACAAAAAUAAUUUCAACUCUUUUUAGCUACAGAGGCAAUUCUGUGGAAACCUACACAGGGACAUCUUACUAUUCUGCUGUCUAUAUGUUUGAAUUUAUGUCAGUUGAGAGAGAUACCCACAUUACAGUGUAUCUAGCCACUCAAACAACUUCAGAACACCUAUAUCCAGAACUCCCUGCAGAUCCACGGAUUGAUGUCAUUGGGAUUGGGCACACCACAGUAACUCUAGCUUGGAAGCACAGUCCAACAGUCUUGCAAGACAAAGAGAACACCCAAUACUGUGUUUUGAUGAAUGAAAAACACAACUACAAAAGUUUGUGUGCUGCAGAAACUGCAAUAAGAUCUUCCGGGAUGAAAUCAUACCAAGCAUUGGAAUUUUCUCUCCCUCAACAUGGAGCUUUGUUGGAUACUCAACAAGUGAUGAUACUGUCCAAUGGUGAAUUAAGCAUCAUCAGCAAAGCUAGCAAUGGGGAGGUGAGGCAGACAUGUGUGGGAACCAAGAACACCUACACAGUGCCCAAUCUUACUCCUAGCACUCAGUACUACUUCGAUGUUUUUGUGGUCAACUUCCUUACCAAUGCCAGUGCCGCUUUUACUGGGACCUUUGCCAGGACUCUUGAAGAACCUGAACCCAAAGUGACUGACAUGAAAGAUGGGAAGAUGAUACAACUCACCCUGGAUGGAAGAAACCAAAAAUCCUCUACUUUGCAGUAUCGGGCAAGGCACAAGCAGGUCCAAUUUGCAUUCCAGUCUUGUAGUGGCCAAGUACAAGUCGAAAUCUCUAGGAAUGGGAAAGUUCUGAUGUCAGAAAGAUUUGCAGGCUUGAGACACUUUGUGCUAAAGGGAAGGUUAGAUGAUACCUACUCAGUACAGCUGGGGUCUACUGAACCUUCAAACGCCUCUGUAAAGGUUCAGGUGUCAUCCCUCUUCCACAAACCUUUCUUUCCAGCUCUUCCAGAGAGUUUAAAAAUUAAGUCCUUUAGCAAGCUGAGGACUUGUAAUUCGGUCACUAUAGCCUGGCUAGGAACCCAGCAGCUCAGCAAAUACUGUGUAUACAAGAAACAGAUUGAGGAGGACCAAGUCUGGAUGGAAACAAGAAAUGCGGACCGGUGUUCAGGACCUGAGUCAAGGCAAAAAAGUGACAAAGUCCUGUGCAAAUAUUUCCACGAAGCUAAUUUACAGCGAGCGGUGACAACAGCAACCAUCAAAGGGCUGGAAGCAGGGAUUGUCUACUUGUUUGAUGUUUAUCUCAUUGGUCCCUCUGGGAUUCCUGUCAGGUAUUACAGCAAAGCUGUAAAGACACGAAAGAAAUGCUGAGCGUCCUUCAACCAUUGAUUCCUGAGAAUGCUGAAGCUGGAGAACAUUGGACACAUUUGUGGGCCACAUAACUCAAAAUGUGCUGGAACAGAAAACAGUGUUUUCCAUUAUAAAAUUUAAGAGGAAAAAAAAAUAUUCAUCUAGAAUUAUAGACUUACUCCUGGGACCUUUCCCUGUUAAUUUAAAAUUUCUUAUCUGCAGUUUUUCAAAAAGCACUUUAUAAACCAAAUGCUUGACAUCAAAAUAUAAAUAUGGAUCUCAAAACCUGCACGAUUUCAAUCUAGAAGAAAGAAUUACAGCAGCAACAUAGGCAAGCAAAUUUUGCAAGACAAUUUUUCAAUAAGCGCUCCACUGUGAGUGUCCCAAACCCUCUAACCAGGAUUUAUGGGUGAUAAAUUUGCCGUGUAACUUGGGAGCUGAAUACUUGGGUUGGAAGUGAACUGAAAUCAAUUUGUGUAAUUAGGCUAAAACCCAGAAAUGGGAGACCCAAGGGAAGGGGAGAUAUUUUUUUGAUAAACAAGAAGCACCA